GCUGUGGUGCUGUAGGUCACAUGGUGGCAGAGUGACACACCUGUGCGGAGCCGUGAGGGCCUCGCAGUCGCAGACAGGUAGAGAGAGCAGAGCAGGUUCACGCCGAGGCAGGGCGCAUGCAGGUACGGUACAUGUGCUGGUCCUCGGGAGCCAUGAAUCGGGAAGAUCAUUAUUAUCCUUCUCAGGUUUUUAAAGAGUCCUGUGCCUACCAGAGAGCACAGGUGGAGGACUACAGCCACAGCCCGCCUCCCUGCCUCUACAUGAGCAGGCAGGUCCACUCCGUCUACACACCGCCGGCCAUGGGAGCCCUGGAGCAGGCCAGCCUUCCUGACACCUCCUACAGUCUGCCCAUGCGGGAGGAUCCAGGUGUGCUCCAGCUCCAGCACCCACAGGUGCUCCAGCACCCACAGGCUCUCCAGCACCCACAGGCUCUCCAGCACCCACAGGCUCUCCAGCACCCACAGGCUCUCCAGCAGCCUGUCCAGCCCGCUGCCGGCUAUGGAGCCCCGGGGCAGCAGAGAUAUCACCUCCCGUUCCCCUGGAUGAAAACUACAAAGUCUCACUCACACACCUGGAAGGGACAGUGGUCAGGACCAUAUGUGAUGGCUGAAUCAGAGGACAACAAACGCACGAGGACGGCCUACACGCGCGCCCAGCUGCUGGAGCUGGAGAAGGAGUUCCUGUUCAACCGCUACAUCUCGAGGCCGCGCCGCGUGGAGCUGGCGCUGACCCUGAGCCUCACCGAGCGCCACAUCAAGAUCUGGUUCCAGAACCGGCGCAUGAAAUGGAAGAAGGAGGAAGACCGAAGGAAGACGAGGGGGUCGGACCCGGACCAGGACUCAUCCAUCACCUCUGGAGACCAGGGGGAGGCUGCGGGAGGGGUGACCUCCACCAACGGACCUCAAAGCGCAUCACCUCCUGUUUCCCCGCUCCACGAACAGAGAGCCCGCAUAGACCCGCAGCAGGGGUCGUGUUGUGGAAAACCCAAAUAGAAGAGAGACUUUAAAUCCACAUCUUUAAGGCAGCCCCAUUUGAGAUGAAUCCUAUAAGAUUCAUGACCAUUCAAACCCAGAGGCCUGCCUAUAGUCUCUUUUAUAGUUAUUUACAUAAAAUGCAAAUUUUCCAGGGACCCACUUGGACUUUCUCAAGGACCAACUUAUUGGAUACACUGUCUGUCUGGACUUAAGGGACAUUUCUUCACCGUGCAUGCUUUGAGUUUGUGUGUGUACCAGAUGGCAUGCUGGCACAACCUGAUCAUCUAUUUCCACCCUUUUUAGAAGCAGCAACAUGGAUUCAGCUGCAGACAAACUGAAGCACGGUCUGAUCAUGUUUUAC